UGCCUUGCGAUGAUUGUUCGCGCUUCUGUUUUAGGUGCUCGAGUCAAUCAGAGCUCAAACACUCUGUAUGGACCUCUCCUUCCUGUCGGCGGCAUUCUGAAGCAUACGAAUAUAGAUGCUUGAUAUUGACCGUGCGAGGGAGCUCGCAUGUCCUGUAAUGACCAGCUGGAUCCGCCAGCAGAGGCGCCAUCAACCCACCGCCCCCUUGGAUGUGGAGCAGAUCCUAAGAGAACACGGGGGCGCCGAGGAGCUCCGAGGUAUGUCCUCGACUACUUCACCGUUCUUCCCCCGUUUGUAUCCUACGCCGUCAGUGACCACACCCUCGGGAGGUGGUUCUACCAGCCACCACGGCAAGCAUCCUAUCGACACUUGGAGUGGCGACUUUUCGAGCCUCGAUGAUGAGUCUGCUUGCGUCGUUAGGCCUCUCGAGUUCGAGAUUACUCAAGACGUUUAUCACAACUGGAUACCAUCGGCAGAAACGCAGGAGCUCUUGAACAGUCCUACUGAGUUACCACAAGACGGAAGUCAGAUUUACGACUACCUAACCCCUGAGGGUUCUUUCUCGGCUUCGGACGUUCAGCAAAGCUAUGCGAAUGCAGGCAACGCAGCCUGGUACCAACCAGGUCCCUCGUUCAAUGAGGAGAUCACCGAUAUGAUCUGCUCUCCGGAAUUCGACGCGCUAUUGGACAGUGGUUUCAUUCUGACACAUCGCCAGGCCCAAACUUUGAUCUCUGAUACAGUUUCUCUCGCUGCGCCUUCAACAGGAAAUGUUCUGCAUGAAUUUUCAACAAAUUCAUGUCCCUUCAACGUGUUGUGAAUGAUUAAAUGAUCACAUCGAUCGUUCAUUUGCGGACUCGGGCUGCGGCCCUGGCUGUUGUGCGACUCAAGAGAAAAAACGAGGACAUUGAGGGAUAUUCUUACUCGUCUAGUCUCGUCUAGUCUCGUCUAGUCUAGUCUCGUCUCGUCUCGUCUCGUCUCGUCUCGUCUCGUCUAGCCUAGCCUAGUCUAUCGUCCUUUCUCUAGGUCAGAUUCAGCCAGCCUCGCAUCACUUCGGCAAAUCGGCCCGCCUCACAGGCUCGCCAUUUUGUCCUGCACC